UUGAAAAUCAAUAGAUCUAAAUAUUUUAUCUUUACAGGAAAUCGAAAACCAUGGCGAGGAAUUUUGCUAUUCGGUCCACCAGGAACGGGUAAAUCGCUUGUGAAAAAUUUAUUCGCUCUUGCCCGGGAGCAGAAGCCAUCUAUCAUAUUUAUUGAUGAGAUUGAUUCUCUUUGCUCAUCCCGAUCAGACAACGAAAGCGAGAGUGCGCGUCGCGUAAAGACUGAGUUCAUGGUACAGAUGCAAGGUGUUGGUAUGGAUAAUGAUGGUAUACUUGUACUCGGUGCCACAAACAUCCCUUGGAUUUUGGAUGCUGCUAUAAGGAGACGUUUUGAGAAGAGAAUUUAUAUCCCUCUUCCGGAGGCGAAUGCUCGCAAAGAUAUGUUUCGUCUAGAUGUGGGACGUAAUAACAACAAUCUGACAGAAAAUGACUACAAGAUUCUCGCUGAACGAACCGAAGGUUAUUCCGGGUAUGAUAUCAACAUUCUUGUCAAGGAUGCCUUAAUGCAACCGAUCCGUCGUGUGCAGUCUGCUACGCACUUUAAGUAAGU